AGUGUGCACUUUAGCGAAAUGUGGGACAGUAGCUACAAAUCACAUUCAGCUUACUACUACAUUUCCGCGCAGGAUUGCUUUCGCUUUCAACUCAGGCCAGGGACCCUGUUUCUAUGACGCAGUGGCGAAGCUCGAAUGAGUAUUUUUCCUUUACUUGUUUCCUUCUCGUAUCAACGGUAGGAUAAAACAGAAAACGUAGCUUGUCUAAGGAGUACCAUUUUGUUUGUUAUCUGAUAAAUGCGAUCAUGGCUCCCGCUCCAGUGCUGGAAAUCUUCUUUUCUCUUGUGAGCAUUUUCCUGCAAAUAAUUGUAUCCUCAUCGGAGACUGCGCAAAUUAGUAUAGCCCCAUGGAAUCAGAGUGUAAUGGCGGGUGAGACAGCGACAUUUAUUUGCCAAAUCAACUAUUACAUAGACUGCCCAUCACAAGACAGGGUCUACUGGGUGCAUCGACCAAUAGGAGGCAAAGACAGUGACACACAAUCACUGACGGGCUGCUCACAGGUUCUCUCCGAAGCCAAUGUGGACAAGUACUCAGCCUUUGUGGAAACCAGCGGAAACGACACGACUUACACGCUGGUAAUUAACAACGUAAGUCCGGCUGACAGCAAGGAGUACAACUGCUUCGCUUUCCGUGGAGUCGAGCAUGAGUCUUCGAGUCGUGGGGUGCUAAUCGUCACAAAUCGCGCCAUCUGUCCAACCCCCCUAAACAUGUCUGUCAAUAUCAUCCAAAAAGAAGAUCUUGUUGUGGGUGGUGUUGGGGAAUUUUACUGUGACACUAACCCUCAGUCAGGCUCUUCUUCGUUUAGAUGGCUCAAGAAGGAUUCGGGGAACCAGACUGUUUCCAUUAACACCACGGGUCGAUUCGUCACCUCAGCCAAUCGGCUGAUCGUUUCCCAGCUCUUGGCUUCAGACAACGGAAGCCAAGUGAGAUGUGAAAUGACGCACACCACGGACUGUGAGUUACCAAGUCCUUGGUACCACCUCUUUCUGAUUCCAGGGACUUUUGAUCCGACCGAACAGGAACCGAAGGAUUUCUCCACGGUUGGGGCAACCUCAAAACAAGUGCCCAGCAAAGGACAUGAUCCUCAUACGCUUGCUGGCCCUAGUGAGACCCACCAUCCCUCUGAGAAACCCAGUGAGACGGGGGAGCCCACGCCAGCUCAUCGUCCUGGUCAGACCCAGCCCUCUCGGCAGUCCAGCCCGGUAGGCGUGAUUGUCAUCGGCAUCGUUGCAACGCUGUUCCUGAUUACCUUCACCAUAACCUUCACGUGUCACAUGGUCAAAUCGCGAAGGUCUCCCAUAGACAGAGAGCCCGCCUAUGAGGGUGCCACCAGAACUGUCGCCUCUUCUCUCCAAAUGAUAGAGAAAGAACUCUUUUAGAAUUACCCAAUGUGUACGUCGAGUGGGGGCGUCGAAUCAGAAAGCUAAAGCAGAAUUCCCUCUUGAUGUGGAUGUCCUCCGUAGAAUUUUCAUCCCAGUCAGAUGGCUGUUUUUCUUAGACAGGCAUGAGCAAAUCAAACGCUUUCUAUGAACCGACCCAGAAUUCACAGGAAUGGAAACAGCGCGCCCAGAUACCCAAAGUAAUUAACGUUAUAACUAAGGAAAGAGAGCGGAACAGAACGAGUCAUCAACGUAAAGAGAGUGAGGUUGAUGUACGUGGUGCUUUCCUCACUUUCCGUCUUGUGUGACCUUGGUUUCAAAUCUUGCCCGGUCCCUCUUCCGCAGGUUCCAGGAUUUUCCGCCCACAUUGAAAGCAUUAACCCUCAUCAUCUUCUCCGGGUUUCCCCUGGCUUUUGACCUGCAGUGCUUAUGCGUUUUUGAGGAAUCGUCGUUGUGUUGGUUUUAUUGUCAUAACGAUAAGUAAAUGUGAUGCUUUGAGCUGGAGAUGAAUCUCUAUCGGAGGAGGUUCAAAGUUGACUAAGUGUAUUUACCAAGGCAUUACCCCGGCAAUAGCACGGGUUCAGUGGCUUUUUCUCAUUUUUUUAAUGUAUAUUUUGUGUAUAUUUUCAUUUGUUUGCUUUUGCUUUUCUCUUUCUGUUUCUGUUUAAUUUUUGGCUUAAGUUUCCUUUUCAUAACUGCGUCUUUUCAGCAAUACUUAUAUCUGUGGAUCAACCGUACGUGUAUGAGUGGAAUUUUUAAAUGACCCUUUGUGUUUCACUCAGAGGACGAAGGAAAUUUAGCCAUAUCGGCAAAUUAUUUGCAGGUUACAGUGAACCAGAAUUAUUGAGGUAUUUAGAAAGCUAUGUAAUAACUGGCUGUUAGAAAUUCUCGAACUCAACGGCCAUUGGGACGUAACGUGAUUGUGUAUAUUGUAGUUUUUCAUAUAAUGAAAGUGUUUGAACCUAAUUUGAGUUACGAUUGCAUAAUGUUCAGUAUCGUCAGAUUUAACGGAUCAAAAAUUUCAGCACUUGUACAUAAAUUUUCCUGUCAUUUUAAAAGGUGAGCUGUUUGAUUGCUUUGCUGAUCAAAAGCGAAACAGGCAAAAUGUACUUAUUGAAGAAGUCUUCUCGCUAUAAUUGAAAACGAGUCAUCGCUUGCAUUUUGUUAAGGGGCAAAUCAUCUGUUGGAAGGAAACCUACAUUCUGAGAAAAUAAAACUAGUUAAUUAAUCGUAUAUAAUAAUCAGAAAAAACAAGCCUUUGUUUGUGGCUGUCGCCUUUAAGUGGGGCUAUUUCGAACCUUACAAAUGUACAGUCGAAUUAUUGCAGCAACAAAAGGGGCUGGGUUAAGAUGGUGGGGCGGACCCUGUCCCAGCUAAGUUCAGGGCUUUUCUUAAUCCCAUAAUGUUUUCAAUUAUCAGAACAAACAUUCUUUUUUUAUUUCUUUUUGAAAUGUGGGAGGUUAAUCCAUUACUGAAAACGAUGCGUGUAACUUUUUCCCGCAUUGAAAUGAUUGGAUUGUCGUGUUUAUGCCACUUGAUUUCCAAACCUAGACAAAGAUAUUAAUACGGAAAUGAAUACAACGAGGUCAUUUGCCUCGUUGUCCGAUGUCCCUUUUGAUAUGGCAUCGUGUACCGAAUGAAAUACAUGUAUAUGCACAAUGUAUUAUGUAAAGAAUGGAAAGUGAUAUGUAAAUUUGUCAUUAAGAAAGUAGCUGACGUAGAUCAUGCAUAAAGACAAAAUCAACACCCGUAAUUAAAACAAAAAAUCUGGAAACAUGA